CGUCCUCACUUGGUCAAUUCCAAAAUGGCUGCGACCUCUGCAGGACGCAUUGCAGGUUUAUGCAGGCAAUUUCAACGCUGUAUAUCAAUAGCACCAUCUUUCAAAUUACAGACAGAAUAUUGUUCGUCCAGAUGUGGUAGUCUCUCAAACAGGCCGAGCUCAUUUUCUCCAGCAUUGAAUCCGGCGCAGUACAGGCUUUUCCACACAUCACAGAGCCGAAAAGGUCUGGAGGAUUUCUUCGAUCCUCCCGAGAACUGGGGCGAAACCACUGUCAAGUCUGGUGCCCCAUGGACAGCUAAACAGUUACGGGCAAAAAGCAAUGAGGAUUUACACAAGCUCUGGUAUGUUCUACUGAAGGAGAAGAACAUGCUGCUCACCACUGAGCAGGAGUCAAAGAGACAGCGCCUGCAAAUGCCCGGUCCAGAACGACUCAAAAAGGUGGAGAGGUCCAUGACCAGGCUUGACUCGGCUGUGCAGGAGCGUGAAGGGGCCCUUCGCCUGCUGCUCACUGGGCAGGAGAAAGGAAGGCCUGGGGAGUGGAGGAGGAACGUCUUUGGACACGUGUACUGGUAUCGCUUCAGAGAACACCCCAUUCCCUGGCACCUGAACUCUCGAUACAGGAGGAAGCGUUUCUUCACACCAGAAUUUGUUGAACCGCACAUGAGGCUGAGGUUGGAGAAGCGCAUCCGCUCCAAGGUGAGGAAGGCCCAGCUGGAGAAGCAGAAGGAGGAGAGGCAGGCAGAGCUGUUCCCUAAAGCAUCAGCGCAGACAGCGUGAGUGCCGCUGGAGGACCAGAGGCCAUCUCAGCCUCCAGCAUCCCUCCCUGGACCACUUCACGACAGCAUCCCUCCCUGGACCAACUGGAGGACCAGAGGCUGAUCCAUCUCCGCAUCCAGCCUCCUCCCUCACUGGACCAAAUAAAGCAGGCUCUGGUGUGGGUCUGUGCCAAGCCCAGUCUGAUGUGGCUGGUCUGCAGCUGAUUCUGGGGGGAUUGGUACAGUCGUGGUGCUGUGUGAGUGUGAGGGUCAAGUGGAGCAGAGAGGAGUUAUGUGAGAAACAGAUGUUUAUUGGAGUUCUGUCUGUGUUGUGCUGACAUGAUUGAGCAUCGUAAUAAAUACAGGUUGCUUUUGUACAAUAGUGCUCCUGGAUUAUCUGUGUCAUGUCCAAAUUCAAAGGCAUCACAAUAAAAAUGUUUAUUUUUCAAAAA